AUAAGGAGGAGAAGCAGCCAGCCCUGUAAGCCCAGCAGCAGCCGGAGAGGAGCAGCUUCCCGCAGCAGCCCGGCCCUUCACACCCACAUCUGCCUGAGAGGACCCUGGUGCUGGGUGCCAGGGACCAGUGCCUCCCCAGGAUGGGGACCAUGACUGGAGCAGCCCUGGUCUUGGCCUGCUUGGUUGUUGCUUCUGCCACCUCUGAAGGAGACCCCGGGACUUCAGAGCAGAAGGAGCUGAAGCCGCAGUACAGCCCACAGCCCCAUGUUCAGGAGGUGGGCUAUGCAGCGCCCCCAGCCCCACCCCUGACCCGAGGCCUUCUCCCGGAUCACCCUGACACCUCUCAACACGAGCUUCCCUUUGAGGGCCAGAGUGAAGUACAGCCAUCUUCCGUUAUGGUAGGCGUCCCAGUCCAACAGGAAGCACUGCCUCGCCUCCAGCUCCCUGCUGAAAGGCAAAGUGCCGUGGACCGCCCUCUUGUUUAUAAAUCCUUCCCCUUUCAAGAAGAGCUGCCUCAUCCUCAACUCCCUGUUGAGCAGAAGGAAGUGGAACCACUUCCUCCCCAACAGGAGCAGAAACCCUUCCCCGCCCAGCAGAGAGAGGAAGAGCCAGCUCCCUUUGUGGGUGAGGGCUCUCCAGAGCCUCUGUCCCAGAAGCCACCCCAGCACUGCCAACCGGGCCGAGCCCGCGGGAGCUGGGGCCCCCGGCUGGAUGGCUUCCCUCCUGGGCGGCCCUCUCCUGACAAUCUGAACCAGAUCUGCCUUCCCAACCGUCAACAUGUGGUCUACGGCCCCUGGAACCUGCCACAGACUGGCUUCUCGCACCUCACUCGUCAGGGGCAGACCCUCAAUUUGCUGGAGACUGGAUAUUCCCGUUGCUGCCGCUGCCGCAGCCGCACACACCGUCUAGAAUGUGCACAGCUUGUGUGGGAGGACGCAAUGACCCAGUUCUGUGAGGCCGAGUUCUCGGUCAAGACCCGACCCCAUCAGUGCUGUAGUCGGCAGCGGGAGGCUCGAUUCCGCUGCUUCCAGGAGGCUGCUCCCCAGCCGCACUACCACCUCCGGGCCUGCCCCAGCCACCGGCCUGGUAUCUCUUUGGGCCCCAAACUUCCUUUCCCCCCUGGGGCACCCACGCUGGACAAUGUCAAGAACAUCUGCCACUUGAAACGCUUCCGCUCUGUGCCACGCAACCUCCCAGCCACUGACCCCAUCCAAAGGCAACUGCACACACUGACCCAGCUAGAAGUGGAGUUCCAGCGUUGCUGCCGCCAGGGAAACAACUACAGCUGCGCCUGGAAGGCCUGGGAGGAUGCCCUUGAUGGAUACUGUGACCGGGAGCAGGCUAUAAAGACCCACCCUCACCCCUGCUGCCAGUACCCCCCCAGCCCUGUUCGGGAUGAGUGUUUUGCCCGUCAGGCUCCCUACCCCAACUACGACCACGACAUCUUGACCCUUGACCUCAGCCGAGUCACCCCUAACCUGAUGGGCCAUCUCUGUGGAAACCAACGUGUUCUCACCAAGCACAAACAGAUUCCUGGGCUGAUCCACAACAUGACUGCCCGCUGCUGUGAGCUGCCAUUUCCAGAACAGGCCUGCUGUGCCGAGGAGGAGAAAUUGGCCUAUGUCGAAGAUCUGUGCGGUCCCCGACGUAACUCCUGGAGAGACCCUGCCUUCUGCUGUGACUUGAGGCCUGGGGACGAACAGACCAACUGCUUCAACAUCAAUUACCUCAGAAAUGUGGCUCUCGUGGCCGGAGACAUGGGGGACUCCAGGGGCCAGCAGGAGCAGGGCCCAACUCGGGGAGCAACUGCCAGCCCCACCCUCAAGCCCAAGGCAGAGUGAGUCACCCCAGAGACUCGGAGGAUCAGUUGGAGGGAACCCCACCCUGCCCUAACCCGCAUACUGGGUCACACCCUCCUAAGCCUCUGGGAGUCCUGUCAGUGACCAGCUCCUGAGGCCCACCCCCGUGAUCCCCAUACUGGUCAGGCAACAGGUGCCCAGUGGGUUGGUGAUGGGGCCAUCACUAAACAGCUUGAGUUCGUUA